AUGAGAAACAAUUAUCGCGAAGAAGAAGGAAGAAACCUGAAUCAAGAGGUCAUGAACGAAUUGCAAGACAUGCGGACAUUGAUAAACAAUUCUCGAAGAGGUGGCAGGGUGCAACUGGCAGAAGCAAUAGAAGAGGCUGGAAAAUCUCCGUUCACCUACGAGAUAAUGUAUGCGGACAUUCCUGAGAAAUGUGUACUACCAACAUUUGCAAGCAUAUUCAGCGGGUCAGAAAGUGCGGUGCAACACUUAAAACAGUACACUCUUUCAUUAAUGCAAUGGGGAAGAAAUGAUGCGGUACUCUGUAAAUAUUUCCCUGCAAGCUUAACCGGAGAAGCGUUGGCUUGGGUUGAUGGGCUACUGGAAAGGUCGAUUUUGUCGUUUAAAGACUUACAGAGAAUAUUCUUGACUACCUAUAUAAGUAACAACAUGUUGAGGCCGGGGGUUGAGACCCUGUUUAACCUGAGGAGAAGACCGACGGAGAGCCUACGAGGGUUGGUAACGAGAUGGAGAACGGUAUGUAGUGAAUUCGCAGGAAGAGUCGAUGACAAAAAAUUUAUCCUAGACUUUGUGAACGCUUUAAUCCCGACCGACCUGUUUUACACCCAAAUAUUCAUUAUCCGGAAUUCCUUGACGAUGAAUGAAUUAAUGGAGUAUCAAGAGGAAUACAUAGCAUUGGAAGAAAAGCAGAGGCAAGUCAGCGAAGUAACACCGAUCCCAGCGAAGGAAGGAAACUCAAGGCUAUUACCAAGAACAGUACACAUCGUGGAGGAUGAUCCGAAAUAUGAAAAUUGGGAGCCUUUAACUCCAGUCACUGCGAAACUUGUAGCUGUGUCAAGCGUAGAUCAGGAUUGGAUUGAUCAACAAAGAUAUGAGGAGUCAACACGGGAUAUCAGCAACGAAACAAUCAAGGGCCAAGAUUUGGAGAGCGAAGACCGAAUGCACCAGCUUUUGAAGAUGUAA